ACACAACCAUGGCCAAAGGAGGGAAGCUCACAAAGAUCAAAUCAGUCCUCAAGAAAAUGCAGUCCUUCAAGCUCAGCCGCGGCACCGCCGCCGGCGGACCCUCCGCCGCCACCGCCGCCGUCGGCAACAGCUCCUUCUCCGACGACCUCCGCCCGGUUUACGUGGGAAAGUCGCGCCGCCGGUACAUGGUCGGAGCCGACGUCAUCGACCACCCCCUCUUCCGGGAACUGGCGGANCCAUGGCCAAAGGAGGGAAGCUCACAAAGAUCAAAUCAGUCCUCAAGAAAAUGCAGUCCUUCAAGCUCAGCCGCGGCACCGCCGCCGGCGGACCCUCCGCCGCCACCGCCGCCGUCGGCAACAGCUCCUUCUCCGACGACCUCCGCCCGGUUUACGUGGGAAAGUCGCGCCGCCGGUACAUGGUCGGAGCCGACGUCAUCGACCACCCCCUCUUCCGGGAACUGGCGGAGCGCUCCGGCGAGUCGAUCACCGUCGGGUGCGAAGUCGUGCUGUUCGAACACUUGCUCUGGAUGCUCGAGAACGCCGAUCCCCAGCCGGAGUCCCUCAACGAGCUCGCCGACUUUUACGCUUGUUAACUACGGAGUAAUUAAUUAUUGAUUUUUUUUCUUUUUUUUGCCAUUUCUCCGCCGCCCUGCACAACACUUUAGCGCGGCGGCGGAACCGGCGGAGCUGGUUGCGUGGAUAUACCCUUCUUUUCGGGAUAUAGUUAUUAUUGGGAAAAUUAUACAUUGCCACACUUACAUCACAUUUAGUACGCCCUCGAAUUUGUUUAUAAACAAACAAAAAUUGUUUGUGUAAUUUAAAAUUUUGAGGGGUGUAUAUAUAUUUGGUGUAUUUGGAGUGGCGUUUUCCUUAUCAUUUGUAAUGCUCCCUAUAAAUUUGUACAUUCUUUUUCAAUGAAAUAAAACAUUUCUA